CCACCGCAAUGUCCAGCGACGACGAGCUCCGUGGCCUCCUGGUACAGGAAUCCACCACCGCGAUCGUCUCCGUCGCCGAUCCCUCCCGCCCCACGGCCCGAUCGGCCCACUCCCUCCUCCCCCGCGCGGGGGGCGCUCUGCCGUCCCCGCCCCGCAAUGCCGGCCCUGUUCUUGGCGACCAGCUCCCUGUGGAUUGGACGGCCUGGCCCGGCUCCUCGAAGCUGUGGAGGCGGUGGGUGGCCAGGCUUCGGCCGCGGCAUGAGCGCCUGUGGCGGAAGCUUGGGAUCUUGGACGCCGUCCUCGCGACCACCGGCUGGGUGCGGCGGGACGAGGGCCUGCUGCUCCAGCUCGCGGGUUUCUGGUCCGGCGAGACCAACACGUUCGUCUUCCCGUGGGGCGAGGCCACGGUGACGCUGGAGGACAUGGCCGUGCUCGGGGGCCUGCCCCUGCUGGGCAGGCCGGUGUGGUCGCGCCUCCCGGACGCGCUCCGCGGGGACGUGGACGCGCUGAACAGAUGCACGAACAAGAAACCCUCGUUUGCCCCGUGGGUUAAGCAAUUCGUCGAGCGGCCGACGGGGGAGGUCGCUGCCGCCGGCAGAGGAGAGACCGAGGCGGCCGCAUUGCUCGAGCACGGCGCGUUUCUGGCCAUGUGGUUGACCAGAUACGUGCUUCCGGCGCCGCCAUUCGACGUGGUCAGACCAGACGUGUUCCCCCUCGCCGCCGGAAUGGCGCGCGGCAGGUGCUCGGCCCUCGCACCCGCCGUUCUUGCCAACAUCUACAAUGACCUCUCCGCACUCAGUCACCACUUAAGCUUGGGCACCAGCGAUCAGGCGUUCAUGGCGAGUGCGCCACUGCACAUCCUCCAGCUAUGGGUCUGGGAGCGCUUCCCGGAGCUUCGUCCUGAGGCUGAGAUACCAAGCACUGCCUCCCACGGGGAUGAUCCCGGCAUGCCGAGGGCUGCCAAGUGGCACAAUGUCAGAAAUCCGCUUGAUCCUGGGUACAUCCACGCCGUGCUCAUGUCCCCGGAGGAGUUCGAAUGGAGGCCUUAUGGAGGCAGUAGCUUUGCUCUGCCACAAGGCAAAGAUGGCUGCUGGGUGCACUGCCAUGAUGUAGCAACAAGCAAGGAGCUGCAAUCCUUUGCACAGUGUCUGCUACCCUGCGAGCUCGUCGGCAUGCAAUGCAUCGAGCACUACUGUCCGCACCGUGUCGCAAGGCAGCUGGGCUUCGAUCAGGACGUGCCGGGGACCGUCACCCGUGCCAAUUCAUGUCGAAAGACCGCGUGGGCGACAUACAGGAUGCGGCCUGAAGACGUUUCGUUCUUCGUUCCGCGACGUGAUCCGGGCAUGACGGUUGAAUACGCACAAUGGUGGAAGCCUUACUCGUCGGCAUGUGCUGCUGCUGUUGCUAAUGCUGCAAGGAUGAAACAACCUAAUGUUGCUGGUGAUGGUCUCAGUCUCAGUGGUGUAGAUUGUGGCAAAAAGCGUCACUUGGAGGCUGGGAUGACUCCGCAAGAUGAUAUAGAGGACGAGAUUCCGCUGGCGGAGAGGCUGAAUAGUGUCAUUCUAAAGACGCAAAGCCAGGAUACAGAGACUCGUAUUUUGGAAGAUGGCGAGACAAAGCAAAAUUCAGAGGCAGUUUUGUCUGAUUUGGUGGCAAGCCGGGUAAGAAAAGGUAGACGUAGGGUAAUCUCACACAAAGUUGCUGAGCAAGCUUUGCCUGAUUCAGAGGCAGUUUUGGUGAGUGCAGUUGAUCAUAAACCAUUGUGUGGGCCGGUCACCAAGAAUGAGCAUUUUGAAAAGCAAGCAUCGGCCUCUGUUUUUACGUGUGAUGAGAAGAAUGUCAGUUCAGAACAUGGUGAAGUCGAGGGUGCAGUGAGCGCUAGAAGCAACAAAGGCAUUGGAGCUGCAAUUGGAGUGGACGUGUAUUCAAAUCUUCCAGAUAUCCUGGCGAUCAGUGAUAAUGAGUUGGAUGAAAUAUUCGGAAAGGAAAGCGAGGCAACUGCAAUUUGUAUGGAAUUAUCAAAGUUAUCGAUGGCAACAUCCAACUCAGACCAGCCAAUAAGAAGAGAUGAGCAGGACUGCAGUGAGUCCAAGGAUAUCAUGGUGCAAAAAAAUUGUAAUUAUGAGCUUCCUGCUGUCCAAAGUGAUAGCACCCUCAGACAAGAACCAGAUAAAACACGCGAUGUAAUGGAAGAGGGAGAUCAGAGAGCGAAGGUGGACAGAGAAAACUCAGCUGUUUUCAAAGGAAACAAUGAUGCAUCUUCUAGUGGUCUAGUAUAUGGAAAUGAUGAACUGGUCAAGAGAGUAAUUUCUACUAAAACACUCUACUAUCUUAGACCAUUCGACUGGGUGAAAGAUGCCCAGGUCAGAGAUUCAAGAGCCACCAAUGCAGGUCAAGUGAUUCUCCAACCAGGACGGGAAGUCGGGACACCGGAAAUGAUUAGAGAGGCGUCUGAAGCUCGAGAAGCAGAAAAGGUUGAGUUGGAAACAAUAAUUGAUUGUCUCAAGGAAGAAAUUGUCGCGCUAGAGAUGCAGUUGAGGGACAGGACAACGUCUAAAAUUUGAGGUAUAACUUGACAUAAUUUAGCGGUAGCUUGGGUCUUUAGAAGACAUCUCCUGAUGAAGAGUGCCACAAUAUGGUGGGCUAGUCUUGCUAGUGAAAUGACCUUCAUUAGCUAAUUGUGAGCGAAGAAACUGCGGCACUCACACCCCAUUAGACUCUAAUUAUAUGUUCCUGGUUGCUUUUUCUUUAUGUUGUGAAAUUCAGGGGAAUACAUAACCGCUGGUUUGUUUGAUAGUAUAUAUGAACCCUAUGCAAUCUUCGCAUUA